AUGGCAGCGCAUGAGAGAGAUACCAUUCAUAGAGAUGGUUCGAUUCAAGCUUCAUCCAGAGAUGCGGGUUCGAUAAAGUCGUACUCGGAAACAGAUUCAUUACUCUCGCCAGUCACAGCCGCCUCAACUCCAGAUUAUAAGUCAAUCGCAACUUUUCCAGACAUAGAAUCCGCCCAAAAUGAUCCUCAGAUCGAAGACGAAUCGCCUGGGAAAGUCACAAAGGGUGCUGCUAUUAUAAUAAGUCUUUUGCUGGUUGGUGUUUUCAUAUCAUAUGCAGAUGGCACGCUUAUUCUUGCAACGUAUGGCACCAUUGCUUCUGAGUUCCGGGCGCUCGGCGACGCCAGCUGGUUAACGACUAGCUAUUCUUUGGCUAUGUGUGCUGUUCAGCCACUUACCGGCAAAAUUAGUGAUAUAUAUGGACGAAAACCGGUUCUUUUGUUUUCGUAUGGAUUCUUUGUGAUUGGAUGUGUUUUAACGGGACUUUCCCAAACAAUGUGGCAAACUGUAAUGGGCAGAGUAGUGGCUGGUACUGGAGGUGCGGGUAUGAGCGUCAUGGUCUCUGUUCUGAUCGUUGAUCUUGUACCUCUCAUUCAUGUCGCCGCAUGGAGGAGUUAUGUUAAUGUCGUUGGGACAAUUGGGAGGAGUAUUGGUGGCCCCCUGGGCGGAUUGCUUGCAGACACGAUAGGAUGGCGUUGGUCAUUCAUCGGACAAGGACCUCUGAUGCUUUUCGCUAUUGCUCUGGUAGCAUACAAACUUCCAGCUCGCUCGUCAUCUGACGAGCCCAUUCAGGCCAAAGAUGGGCCUUCAAGACUUCGACGAAUUGAUUUUGUUGGAGCUUUCAUGCUGACUGGAACUAUUGCAACUUUUCUUGGCGCACUCAGUCUUGGAGGUCAAGCAUUACCUUGGUCUCAUCCUACCGUCGUAGGGCUAUUAUUAGGGUCCGUUGUGUUUGGUGCUGUAUUCGUGACCUACGAGGUCAAAGUCGCUGCUGAGCCCGUAUUCCCGCCCGCUCUCGCAAUUCAACGAGAUGUAGCAGCAUCGUAUGCUAUCAAUGCAUUGCAGCUUGGUGCACAAGUUGGCAUGAUGUAUUCCGUCCCACUCUACUUUCGCGUAACGCAAGGCAGCUCGAAUACUACGGCAGGACUUCAUCUCUUCCCUGCUGUGUUUGGUAACACGGUAGGAGGGCUUCUCGCCGGCUGGCUAAUCACUCGUACGGGCCAUUACAAAUACCUCCUAACUCUGUCUACCCUCUCAUCCAUCUUCUCAUACACGAUCCUUCUCACAACAUGGCAUAGCAACCCUAUUUCUCUCGCCUCCUCUCUCUCUAUAUUUCCAGGCGGCUUCGGUCUCGGAAUAACAGCCGCUUGCACUUUUAUCGCCCUCACAGUUUCUGUCCAGAAAAAAGAAAUGGGAGUGGCAACCGCAGGCAUGUAUCUAAUGUCUAGUAUCGGUAUGGUUGUUGGCGUUGCCCUGUGCGCUGGAGUCCAAAUCAGUGCUUUGGGAAAAGCUCUUGGAGGUUUAGGAUUGGAUGAAAGUGUGGUAGAAAAAGUGAUGGAUGAUGUAGGGAGCGUGAAAGACUUGCAUGGAGAUGUGAAGAUAAAGGUAAUAGAAGCCUAUGUGAGGAGUUUAGGGGCGAGUCAUAGGUUCAAUAUGGUAAAAAAUGGAGGAAACGAGACAACGCCGGCUCGCCCUCCCCCAAGCCUGAAGAAACAAAACUCAAGUGUAGGAUCGAGCAAGAAUCAAGCAUCAAUUCUCGGAUUCUUCUCGAAAAAACCUGCCGCUACUCCCACUCCAAACCCUUCCACAGACUCAUCCGGUGGUGUCUUACAACCCAAUGGCUCUGCAAAUAGUACAAAGUCUACACCAAAAUCCAACAGCACCGUGAAGAGACCCCAGUUCAAAAAGUCCGUUCAAAAGAGCACAACUCCAGUUCCAAGUAGCGACAACAUUGAACCAGCAAGCUCACAAGAAAAUGAAAACGGCGGGAUUCCAACAGAGGUAGACAAUUGCUCGUCAUCGCCUCCGGCACCUGCUAAAAGUGUUUCUGAGCAGAUUGUAGAUAUCAAUAGUUUAGUUCUAGCAAGCAGCCCUUCACGAAAGGCGGCGAAGAAGAUAGUCAGCUAUGCCGAAUCGGAAGACGACGAUGAAGUUGCAACUCCGAGAAACACUUUAAGAAGAAAGGGAAAAAAGCCAAUGAUUGAAAGUGACGAUGACGAAGAUGAUAAAUUUGUUGGGGGUUUAGAUGGUGCUGAUGAUGAUGAUGAUGAAAUGGAUGAUUUCGUUGUCGACGACGAUUAUGAUGGUCCAAGCAAAUCUUCUAAAAAGAGAAAGCGUCCAGCAUCCACAAUAGAGUCUCGAAAGCGGUCCAACAUAUCGCCGCCCCAUCCCUUUGAUGACGAUGAGGACAUGCAAAUACCAGAAGCUUCAACAGCUCAACAAUGGAAAUACGACCCGGAAAACCUUCAGCCCCUGCAGUCCAAACCUUCGAGCAUUCCACGAACUCCUAAUUCAAAUGGGAAGAAGUUUAAAGAGAAGGCAUCCAAAACCGACCCAGAUCAACGAUAUGAGUGGCUAUCGAAUGAACGGGACAUCGACCGCAAUCCUCCUGGACAUCCUGAUCAUGACCCGCGUACGCUGUAUAUUCCUCCAAUGGCGUUUAGCAACUUCACACCCUUCGAGAAGCAAUAUUGGGAAAUAAAGCAAAAGUGCUGGGACACCAUUCUUUUCUUCAAGAAGGGCAAGUUCUACGAAUUAUAUGAGAGGGAUGCUACUAUUGGGCAUCAGACAUUCGAUUUGAAACUUACAGACCGUGUUAAUAUGUCAAUGGUCGGCGUACCGGAAAUGUCGUUACAGCAUUGGUCAAGCCAAUUCCUUGCCAAAGGACAUAAAGUUGCCGUUGGUGAUCAGAAAGAAUCAGCGUUGGCAAAGGAAAUGCGCGAACGGGAAGAUAGUGCAGGCCCCUCAAGCAAAGGCAAGAAACCUGAUAAAAUCAUUCACCGAGAACUAUCAUAUAUUCUCACCGCUGGUACCUUGGUUGAGGGUGGUAUUUUACAAGGUGAUUCGGCAACCUACUGUGUGGCUAUCAAAGAAUCUUUUACGGAUGAUGAGUUACCAGCAUUUGGUAUAUCAUUUGUCGACACGUCAACUGGUCAAUUCUUUCUUACGGAGUUUACUGAUGAUGUUGAUUUGACCAAGUUUGAGACGUUUGUCGCUCAAACCCGUCCCCAAGAAUUGUUACUCGAAAAGUCAUGCGUUUCGACCAAGGUGCUUCGUAUUUUAAAAAACAACACUGGCCCAACAACUGUUUGGAAUUAUUUGAAACCUGGAAAGGAAUUUCUGAGCGCCGAGGUGACCCGCAGAGAAUUAGACUACGGCGGAUACUUUACUUCAGUAGAUGGUGGGAAAGAAAUCUGGCCUGAAGAGCUUGAAAAAGCAAGAGAUAACGAUUUAUUAAUAUCCGCCUUCGGAGCUCUUUUCCAGUACUUGAAAUUGCUUCAGCUUGAGAAACCCCUUCUCACACAAGGCAACUUCACAUGGUACAGCCCUAUCCAAAAAGGUACAACUCUUGUGCUUGAUGGCCAGACUCUUAUCAACCUCGAGAUCUUCUCCAAUACAUUCGAUGGAAAUUCAGAUGGUACUCUAUACACACUUCUCGAUCGUUGCACUACACCGUUUGGAAAGCGAUUGUUUCGACAAUGGGUGUCGCAUCCUCUGUCCGAUAUUGAGAGGAUCAACGAACGCCUUGAUGCUGUGGAAUUACUCAACAGCGAUGAUAAGUUGAGUAAUUCAUUCAAGUCUUCAACAGCUACAAUGCCUGAUUUGGAACGUUUGAUUUCUCGCAUACAUGCUGGAUCAUGCAGACCUGAGGAUUUUCUCAAGGUACUAGAGGGAUAUGAGCAAAUCGAGUAUAUUCAAAAGGAGAUCCUGGGCAAAUAUAAUGGUGGUGAUGGUAUCUUCAAUCGUUUGGUUGCGACGAUACCUGAUCUCGCCGAACCUCUGCAAUGGUGGAAGAAAGCAUUUGACAGAGAAAAGGCAAAACAACACAAGAUACUCGUUCCUGAAAGGGGAGUCGAAGAAGCUUUUGAUGCCAGUCAAGAUCGUAUCGAGGAAAUCCACCAAGAGCUUGCAUCCUUAUUGAAGCAAUAUCAGAAGAAAUUCGAUUCAAAGAAGAUCGAGUUCAAGAACAUCGGAAAGGAGAUUUAUCAAUUACAAGUCCCAACCGCGAUCAAAGUGCCCAAAGAUUGGAAGAUGACGUCUUCUGCAGCCGGCUUCAAGCGUUACUACUUUCCUGAACUCACCAAUAUCAUCCGAGAUCUUCAAGAAACUCAAGAAACGCAUGGCCAAAUCGUCAAGGAAGUAGCUAGCAGAUUCUACGCACGUUUUGAUGAAGAUUACGAGACAUGGCUUCAAGCCGUUAAGGUCGUUGCUCAACUCGACUGUCUUGUCAGUCUUGCUGCUGCAUCCUCAGCCCUCGGUACCCCGUCUUGUAGACCCAAAUUCGUCGACUCGGAACGAAGUGUGAUUGAUUUUGAGGAACUCCGACAUCCUUGUGUUUUACCAAAUGUGACGGACUUUAUUCCCAACGACGUCCAGCUCGGUGGCAAGUCAGCUAAUAUCAAUCUUCUCACUGGUGCUAAUGCAGCCGGAAAGUCCACAAUACUACGAAUGACCUGCGUCGCAGUAAUAAUGGCCCAGCUAGGCUGUUAUGUGCCCGCCAAAUCCGCAACACUCACUCCCGUUGACCGCAUCAUGUCCCGCCUAGGCGCCAACGACAAUAUCUUCGCUGCCCAAUCCACCUUCUUCGUCGAGCUCUCAGAAACCAAAAAGAUUCUAUCCGAAGCUACCCCCCGCUCACUCGUCAUCCUCGAUGAACUCGGUCGGGGCACCAGUAGUUACGACGGCGUGUCUGUAGCUCAAGCCGUGCUUCAUCACGUCGCGUCUCAUAUUGGAUGUAUCGGUUUCUUUGCCACGCAUUACCAUUCUCUAGCCCUCGAAUUUGAUUCCCACCCUGAAGUCAUCAAUAAGCGUAUGGCAAUCGAAGUCGACAAUGAAUCCAGACGCGUAUUAUUUUUGUAUAAAUUAGAGAAUGGAGUGGCGGAAGGUAGUUUCGGUAUGCAUUGCGCGAGUAUGUGUGGGAUCCCUAGCAAAGUGGUUGAUAGAGCGGAGGUGGCGGCUAAGGAAUGGGAAUAUACUAGUAGGCUUGGGGAGAGUUUGGAGAGGGCGAGGGGGGAGAAGGGAACUUAUUUGCCGUUGGGGGUACUGAGUGAUGUAGCCUGGUGUUUGAGGGAGGCGGGGGUUAAGGGGAAGGGGAGAAAGGGAGAGGUUGAAAGCGAAGAAAGCGGGAUCAGUGAGAGAGGUCUGGACUGUCUUUUGAGAGCUAUUGAAGCUUUGUGA